GCCUCUAAUAUGAAGUGAAACCCCGAUUUCGCCGAACCGCUCCGCCGCCUCCGCAGUUCACACUCAUUUCCCGGCGGCCGCGCCGCCACCCCAUCGACCACCGGGAGCCCCCUUCUCCUCUGCGUCGUGGAGCCGCCCCUCCACGGCGGCGCAGUGCAGUUCCCAAUGGUGAUUCAGAGCCUUCGCAAAGUUUUCAGUGACCUCACCAAUUAUCAUGAGAUAAACCCUGCAAACAUGACACCUGAGGUGAAAAAGGCUGUUACAAAACAAAGAAUGAAGCGGUACAAAAUUAUCUGCUACUGUGGUACAGCGAUUAUGGUGGGGACUGAUAAAGCAGCUCUGCUCAACAGGGUCUAUCAAUACAACCAUACAGCUGCACAGAUAUGCACGAUAUACCUCACGAUCGCAUUGGUUUCGAUGCUACUAGGCAUUACAUCAUCAUCCUUUCCCGACUCCGCCCCUUGUGCAACGUUAGUUGCUUGGAAUGGCACUUUGCAAGUGUUUCUGUACCUGAAUGCGUACUUCCACUUAAGUAUUAUGGAGGUUUAUCCAGAGUUGCUACACCUAACAAUAUCGUUUAUGGUCACAUCCGUGCUUUUUGGCAUCUAUUGGUCUUUCUGUGCUCGAGAUCCCACGGUGCGUUUGGUGGACGCUGCACAUCAUGAGUAGGUUCCUCUACAUAGUCAAGUGCUGGAUCUGUAGGGUACAUGAAAUCCUGAAUCGUUAGGGUAUGCCUUCCAAAGUUCCAAGACUAGUUAGGUAAUCAAGAAAUGAUUUAAGUUCUGAAAUUUGGUAAAUGAGCUUGGGUGUACUCUUGUCGGGACUUGUUAUGCCAAAUGAUGAUGUGAUGGUAUGAGUUAUCUGGUUUUAUUCAUGAUUUAGUUGCCUACUGAUGACGAUUCCCUUGUGUGGCAAUGUGAAUCUAGUUAGAAAUAUUCUGCA